CAGCCGAAGAAAAGAAGCCAGCCGCCGGUGACAUUUUCUUGAGGAAAACCGGUAAGAAGCUUGAUUUUCUCCUUCUUUUCUUGCUCUAAAACACAAAUUGAACCCAGAAAUUCCUUCCCCCCCCUGCUGGAAAAUCCGAAUCUGCUUUGCUCUUCCCUCUGCUUGUCCGUCCGUUGCUGCUGCUAGGCCCGAAAUUUUGGGCAUUUUUCUGCCGUGAGUCCCCUGCAAAUUGCCGCCGGCCCUCCCCAAGCCACAGCUCCGGUUCUUGCUGGAUUUAUGCAAUUUCUAUAGCCUACUAGUGGGAGGUUUAUAACACUGGCCAUGGCCUAUAGAGGAGAUGUCUAUUUCGUUCCCGUACUAUUUUCUUUGUCCACCAUUUCAGGAAGCGAAACCGAAGAUGAGGAAACCACGGGAAGUGACGAGUUAGAAGGCUAGCCAUCUUGUAAAUUGAACGUAGAUUUUAGAUGUAGAUCGAGAUCUUGUAAGCUAAACUUUAUUGGAGAUUUUAUGAUAUCAGAGCAAAUUUUAAAAUUUGAUCUUCAGAUUUUGAUGGUAUUAGAUUGUGAUAUGAUUAAGUUUCGAGCCUUGUGCAUUUGUGGGACUCGUCUCACGAGUGCAUGGCGUCUGCCACGUCCCCAGAUUUGGGUUCUGGGGCGUGACAAAACAUGUCAA